UGUUUUUUGACCAGCCACUAGGGUAUUCGAGGUGUUUUCACAUCAAGAUGUUUGAGAAUGUUAUAUUUCUAACAUGUCUCUACUUUAUUCAAGGACUGCCAUAUGGCUUACAAGCAAGAUUUCUUCCUGUUUAUUUUCGUUCACAUGGAAUGUCUUUAACCGACAUCAGCUUGUUCAAGCUUCUCCUCACACCAUGGAUGCUGAAAGCCCUAUGGGCCCCUUUUGUGGACAAGUAUGGAAGUAAAAAGUCAUGGCUAGCUUGGAGUAUGGUUGGACUUAUCUUUACAUGUUUAACAGGUGCCUUUACACCUCCUAAAACAAUCAUACCUUUGGCGGUUGUGUUAUUCCUUUUUAAUCUUUUAACAUCUACUCAGGAUAUUGCAGUGGAUGGAAUUGCUAUUCACGUUCUUUCAGAAGCAGAACUUGGAUAUGGAAAUAUCGCCCAAGUUGUUGGGUAUAAGCUUGGUUCCAUAUUUGGGGGUGGUGUACUGAUUUGGCUUAGUGACUACUUGGAAUGGUCCUAUUUACUAUUUAGUCUUGCCUUUGUAUAUGUGAUCUCAUUGAUGAAUGUUGCAGUCCUAGUUCCACCAACUGACAAUAAUAAAAAAGAUUCAAAGGAAAAAACACCUUAUAAAAAGGAGACUACAGAAGAAAAGCCUGGAAAAUCAUGGUUUAUACAGCAUUUUAUUGAAAUCUUCCAGUCACCAGGAACCUUGUGGAUGAUUGGCUUUGUUCUAAUCUAUAAACUGGGAGAACAAGGGGCAUUAAGUAUGCUGCCAUUAUUUCUGCUAGACAAAGGUAUAACAACAUCUUCUGUUGGAUUUUGGACCGGUGUGGUGGGACAGGUGCUAUCUAUAUUGGGCUCCAUUCUAGGGGGAGGCAUUGUGUCUACCAGCAGAAUGACUGCAUUAGUUGUACAUGAUAUAUGUGCAUUCAGACUUAUACCAAUGUUGUUAACAACUAUAGUUAUAUUUUCCUGGGUAGAGAAGAGUCAGGUCUGCUUUGUUUUUGCCAUUAUUUCCAUGUGCGUGAUGUUGUUAGCUAGUGGAACUGUGACCACAGCCACUUUCACUUUGAUGAUGCAGUGCUCCAAGAAGGCCCCCGAUUAUGUGCAAGCCAGCCAUUAUACUACAUUGGCUACUUUGGAGGUGGUAGGGAAACUGGUGUUUUCUGUGGUGCUAGGAUCUAUCACUGAUGCUAUAGGAUAUGAAUAUGUGUUUAUUUUAUUUCUGGUGUUAUCAGUAUUAGCCAUCCUGUUUAUUCAAAACUGCCCACAAGAACUGAUUCAAAGUGAAGUAGAAUUAACAGUGAAGAAAAAUGAGUGAUCUCAUAAUUUAUAUUGAAUGUGUGUGUAUGUUUGCGAUAUUUUGAUUUCCAAACAACAUUCUAAAAAAAGUAUUGGUAAUCUUUGAAGAUCUCUCUAUUUUUUGUUUAAUGUAUUUGUUUGCCAGUAAGCACUAAUAAAAAAAAAAGUGUAACCCUGACAAAGGACACAUCCUUUAUGUCAGUUAUACGUUUUACAUUUAUUGUGAAUAAAACACAAAUGAAGGACUGUAAA